UUGGCUCAAAAUUGGAACAGUUACUUAUUUUUGCCUCAAGAAUCGAGUCAGGGGUAUCUCCUAAGAUCUUCCAAAAUUUUCAUUUUUUCUUGUCACCCUAUUGACCCCUUUUCUUGGGAGGAGCGUACUGGCCCUUAGGCAUUACCAGUCACGGGUAUCUGACGUUCUUCCACCGAAACAAGCUUCUGGAUAUUCUAAUAGAAAGAUUUAAAUCAAACCAGGUGGAAUCGAUCCAGUCACAAUUAUUGUUGAUUCUCGCCCUUGGCAUCAGCAUCUAAAAUAUAUGAGAAUCAGAAUAGAAUUGCAUAAUGAUAUCAAUUAGGCCUUUCUUUGUGCUUCUUUGCAAAAAUACACCAAAUAACUCAACUGAUGCUACCUAGAUCAAACAUGAUAAGUUAUUCAUUCUAAUCGGUAUGAAAUUGGUUUGUAAACUGUUUGUAUUCACAGGCACCUAAGCUGAAGCAAAUUAUUCAAUUUUAAAACUACGAAAGUACCCACACUCCUUAGCAAAUCUAUGGCUAUAAAAGAAGAAAUUCUUUCUCCUUCCAAGCCAAUCCCAAGUGACCAUGGGUGUCUGUUCGGCAAUCUCAAGCUUUUUCACAACCACCGCACCCAACUACCAUGGAACGUACGCCGUGUACCGGGUGUUCAUGUUCAUUUCCGGGGUGAACUUCUUCGACGAUGACUUCAUGGUCGGCCCACUGAACAUGGCCCGUUUCCUGGGCCCAGCGAUAGCCGCCAUCCUCGGGACAAUGUCCUGCAUGAUCCAUCUGCACCGAUACCUGGACGAAGUGGACCAGGUGAUCCUCAGCCUGGCGGCGUUCUUCUCCGGCACCGAGCUGCUCAUCAAGAUGUGCGGCAUGGCGUUGAAGCGGAACAAGGGCGCGGAACUGUUGGCGGUCAUUUUGAACGAUCGCAGCUACGACGAGGGACCGGUUGAGCGGGCGAUCUUUGUCAACUACCAUGGUUUGGCGCGGACGCUGAUGUUCAUCACGAUCUUUUCGUACCCGUUUACGGCGCUGAUGUUGAUCUCCUAUCCGGUGAUUGCGGGCAAGCUGGGCGAGUUCCUGCUUCCGAUGGGGUUCUCGAUCCCGUUCAUUAGCCACAAACAGCACCCGUGGUACGAGAUCAACUACCUGAUCGAGGUCGUGCAGAUGCUGUGGUGCGUGAUCGCCUUCAUCGGACUCGACGGACCGUUCUACAUCUACGUGUGCUAUGCGACGUGCAAAAUGGAAGUCAUGAAGACGUACAUCGAGCAGAUUGGUGACAGCGAGGACGUCGAACAGCAGCGGGGUCUCCUGCGGAAGAUCAUCGGCAUUCACACGCACGUUCUGCAGUUCCUUCGUGAUUGCUCCGACUUUUACCAGGAAAUCUAUCUGGCGCAGGUGUUCUUCUCGAUCGCCCACAUUUGCGUCUCGUUGUUUCACGUCCAGUUGAAGUUGAAGAACAGCUCCUACGGAAUGCUCGCGACAAACGUGGCCAAGAUGUGGAUCUUCUGCUACUGCGGCGAGUUGGUGGUUACCAAGGCGAACGAGGUCUGCGAGGCGAUGUACGCCAACCGGUGGUAUCGGCUGUGGCGCAAGGACGAUCUCCGCACGGUUCGGUUUGUACUGGCCAAUACGCAGCAGAAGGUGGGCUUCUCGAUCGGAGGGUUUCGCUUUCUGUCGUACGAUGCAUUUACCGAGAUCAUGAAGACCGCCUACAGCUGCAACGCGUUCCUGCACAACAUGUUGAACUGAGUUGAAGAUUUCAUGCGCGUCAAUGAAUCGAUGAAUAAUUGAAGUUAUAUUUGCACCAGUGCACAGCUUUGUUAAUCGUUCCUCCUUAAAUCACAGUUACAAGCAACAUUAAAGUUCUAUUGUUCAGCAUUGAAAUUG